UCCCUUUUCUAUUCGGUGGUGUGUCGAAUUAUGCUUUUCCUUAUUGUGGUGUGCUAAUUUCUGUCAUUUUUUAAUGGUUGGGCAUGUCAAUUUAUGCAUCGUUAAGGUCAUGGUGUCUUAAAGAAUUUCAAUAUUUUUUUGGCUUUAGAGGUUUGUUUGUGGUAAUGGAAUUUAUUCAUCUUUUUGGGUGUUGGAAGAAUUUUGGCACUUUGAUUUUAUUUAAAGCAUGUGAACUGGCAAAGAGGCAUCUGCUUGUUUGUUUCUUUUCAACUUUGGUUCUAGUAUAAAAGUUAAUGAUUUGAUGUGCAUGAAAUGUAUGUCAGGGUUUGAGGAAUUAUAUGGUUUUCAACUUGUGUUCAUUGUGUGGUUCAAUAUAUCCCGUAAGGAUUCUACUGAAAAUGUAUUGUGGGUAUGUAGAGUUUGGAAAAUUGUUUAGGUCUUCAAGCAGACAAGGCAAAUACUGGUGCAAUUUGUGUUGCUGCUGUUAACUGAAUAUGAAUGUGUAUAGCUAGAGACCAACCACAGUUACCUAUUGAUUCUUGGAAAUCUUUUUCUCCUUUCCAAUGAAAUCUUCAUCUAGUGCAUUGCUUGUGAGCCACUGCUUAGAUUUGCGGUCAAUGGAUUGGAUGCUACAUCGGAUCUGGUUUUCAUCUACUCAAGAAAGCAGUCAUUUUUACUGAAAUUCAGAGGACAAAAAAUACUUCUGGACCUGAUGACUGUAUUAUCUCUCAUAAUUCCAUUUCACAACCUUAACUUUUUAUUUCAGCCUAGUAUUUUUCUUGUUUCGGUUUGUAUUGGGCAUUAAGCAAUUAUCAGAGAAGAGAAACCAUUUUACACCAUGAAUGAUUAUAAUUCAGAAAGCCCCAAGUUCCCAGGGAGUCAUCACACAUGGAAUUUCCCCCCGCCUGAAGAAGUGCCUCAAGAUGUUGAUAGAGAGGCUCACUGGAAGCAUUUUGAUGCCUCUGUGAAUGCAGUGUCUUUUGGUUUUGUAGCCACUGCCAUCCUCAUUUCAAUGUUUCUGGUGAUGGCAAUAUUUGAACGUUUUUUAAGACCAAGGCCCUCUUUUUCAUCAGUUCAAAACACCGGUGACAGAGCUUUAGUUCGAGCCCAGAUGCAGUUACUGGAUAAACUUGACCAUUCAUCUGCUAUGUCUUCCUAUACAAUAGGAGUGUCAGUGGUUAUGCCAGGGCAAGAAAUGCCAACAUUCAUUGCUCAUCCAGUUCCACUUCCUUGUCCAAGAGAAGAAGUUGCAUGGCCUUGCCAUGAACAUGGACAUUAUUUGGGAUCUUGUAGCCUGGACAUAAAAUCCUCCCCAUCAAAUACAAUGAAAUCCCAAGAAAAUGCUGCACAAAUCAGAACAACUUAGUCUGAUCAUGGUGACUAUUCUUUGUAUUUUUAUGUACAUUUCAAGUGGCAUGCAUCACACAGCCAAAUGUUAAAACUUAGCCAGUGUUCAGAGUAAGCCAUGGCAAGUAGCCAGGUUGAGGAUAGAUAUAUAAGUUCCAUGAGAGGACUAGCCAUCAAUAGAUUUUGUUUAUGCAAAUACAAUGGCACUUGGAGCUAGUUUUCCAUGUCUAUAACCAUAUCAAGAAUUUUGUUAGAUUUGGCACAAGA